GACAUUGACCAAUGGAUUAGGACAGGGAGGGACGUCCGUUGCUAUGGGCGAGUGGACUGGCAGGUGAAACUGGACUGUGAACAGCAGGAGGAGCAGUAGCAGGAGGAACAAGAGGAGCAGUAGCAGGAGGAACAAGAGGAGCAGUAGCAGGAGGAGCGGUAGCAGGAGGAACAGGAGGAGCAGUAGCAGGAGGAACAGGAGGAGCAGUAGCAGGAGGAACAGGAGGAGCAGUAGCAGGAGGAACAGGAGGAGCAGUAGCAGGAGGAUCAGGAGGAGCAGGAGUAACAGCAGCAGGAGGAGGAGAAGGAGGAGGAGGAGGAUAGAGUUAAUUUCCAACACUUCUCUGGGAAUUUAAAUCGUCCCAAGUUCGAGAGAUUUGAAAUUGACUGACUUUUGGAUCGGGGCCCUGAUCACAGGAGGUCCAGGAUGAACAAGCUACGGCAGAGUUUCCGGCGGAAGAAAGACGUGUACGUUCCUGAGUCCAGCCGACCGCACCAGUGGCAGACGGACGAGGGGGCGGUCCGCAGGGGAAAGUGUAGCUUCGCAGUCAAGUACCUGGGUCAUGUAGAGGUGGAGGAGUCCAGAGGAAUGCACAUCUGUGAGGAUGCAGUGAAGCAGCUCAAGACGGACAGGAAAUUCUUCAAGGGCUUCUUUACUAAAGCAGGGAAGAAGGCAGUGAGAGCGGUGCUAUGGGUCUCAGCAGACGGUCUCCGUGUAGUAGAUGACAAAACUAAGGACCUGAUCCUAGACCAGACAAUAGAGAAGGUAUCGUUCUGCGCUCCAGACAGGAACUUUGAGAGAGCGUUCUCCUACAUCUGUAGAGAUGGAACGACGAGACGUUGGAUCUGCCACUGCUUCAUGGCUAUCAAGGACUCGGGAGAGCGUCUGAGCCACGCGGUGGGCUGUGCCUUCGCUGCCUGUCUGGAGAGGAAACAGAAUAGAGAGAAGGAGUGUGGUGUCACAGCAACCUUCGACUCCAACAGAACCACCUUCACCAGGGAGGGCUCGUUCCGAGUUACCACGGCGACGGAAGCCGCGGAGCGAGAAGAGGUCAUGAGGCAGUUGCAGGACAAGAAAGCGGAGAGUGAUGUCAAGUCCGCAAUGCCUCUCUCCUCGGGUCCCAGUGUGGGUGUGGUGAACCAGGCUGUGGCCCCUCUACCAGGGUCCCCCUCCUCCUCCCCUCCCCUGGGCAUGGAGAGCACCCUGGGCCUCCAGGUUAUCCCCCGCAGACACGCUCCAGUGGAGGCCCUGGCCAGACAGGGUUCCUUCAGAGGGUUCCCUGCCCUCAACAACAACUCCUCUCCCUUCAAACGGCAGCUGUCCCUCAGGAUGAACGAUCUUCCCUCUACCAUGCAGAGGAAGUCUGACUUCCCCAUGAAGAACACAGUCCCGGAGAUGGAGGGAGAGGGGGACAGCAUCAGCUCGUUGUGUACCCAGAUCGCCUCAGCAUUCAGUGGGCCUCCUGAAGACCCCUUCUCCCAGGCCCCCAUGCCCCGACCAGCUUCCUCCCCACAGUCACCUGUAGUGCCCCCAGGGGCUCAGCCAGGGAACGGCACCGGUCCUGCCUUCCCUCCAGCUGUUGUUGUUGCUGCUAACUCUCCAGCACUGCCCCCUCCACUACCUGCUCGAGACACUAACCCCUGGGCCAAGACCCCGAGCCCCCACUGCCAAGCAGGGCAACAUACCCCAGCUGCCUCUUCCUCCGCACACCCAGGAGCUGAUUGGACAACCCCAGUGAUUGUAGCUCCACCCUCCACCACGGCGUCCCCAUCGCACCCGUCCCACCGCCGCACGCCGUCCGAGGCUGACCGCUGGCUCGAGGAGGUCACCAAGUCUAUCUGCGCUCUGCAGCCCGCGUCCACCCCCCCCUUCCAACCGUUCCUCACCCCCAACCCGCCAGCCUUGUCCACCACCCAAACCCAGGCAUUCUCAGCCACACUACCCACAGGCCAGCCCUUCUCUGCCCCCAUGCCUGUGCCAUCUGUUGUUCCCGUGGCCUUCAUGUCCUCCCUGGCCCCUCGCCAGCCUGCCUACCCAAUGUCUAACGGGCUGCCUUAUGCCGAGCCCAGUGUGCCCGUGGUGGGCAUCACCUCCUCUCAGAUGUUUGGUUCAACCCCCCAGUCCCAGGCGUACCCCAUCCCCCAGUAUGAUCCUUACAACAACAACCCCCACCGGCAACCCUCGAUGCCCCUGCCUGUCCCCCUUCAGCCACCCAAUGGUAGUGUAGCCUUCAAUGGGGGCAGAGCUGACAGCUGGGCCCCUCCCCUCCUGCCCCCUCAGUCCUCCCCGGCCCCUCCCCUCCUGCCCCCUCAGUCCUCCCGGGCCCCUCCCCUCCUGCCCCCUCAGUCCUCCCCGGCCCCUCCCCUCCUGCCCCCUCAGUCCUCCCCGGCCCCUCCCCUCCUGCCCCCUCAGUCCUCCCGGGCCCCUCCCCUGCCCUCGCAGCUCCAGCCCGCGGCCGACCCCUUCGAGGCCAAGUGGGCCUCCCUGGAGAGUCGGUCCCGUCAGCACACCGCGCCGUCGCCCACUAACCCCUUCUCCUCCGAGCUCCACACAACCUUUGAGAUCCAGCUCUAGAGACUGAGAGACUGGGGAGGAGGAGGACUGGUGGAGGGGGAGGACUGGGGGUAGGUGGACUAGGGAGGAGAGGAAAGGAGGCUGUUCUGUUGAUUGUGCAGGUUGGGAAGAGAGGAGGAGGUAGCCUCUCUCUCUCUGUCUCUCCAUCCGCCUGGUCUGGCUUUGUGGGGGGACCUGAGGGAGGAGGAGGGCAAUGGAUGGGUGAAGCUGCUGGCAGCACUGCGAGGUCAUGGAGAGACAGAAUUAUUGAG